AACUUUUUCAUCUGCGAUUCCAAUCGAAAAUAGAGCUGAAUCAACAAAUAAUCUUGAUGGAUGUGCUAGAAUUCAUGAGAGCUAUGAAGCAUCCUUAAGAAAAACCAAGAGUACUUUGGACAUAAAGUAUAAUGAUGUCAAAGACUGUUAUUUGAGUUUUCCCUUCGAUCUUAAUCGAGCUUCUAAAUCUAUUAAAGUAUUUCAUGAUGAUCUAAAUUCUUCAAAUGUUGGAUGUGAAGUUACGCAUAUUGACAGCUCUCCUGCUUUAGAAGUAAUUACAGAUUUUGCAAAAAAGAAUAUUAAAAACUCUCGUGAUCUUGGUAAAAGCAAAAAACUUAACUUACAAACUGAACAAUUGGCUGAUAAUAAAAUAUUAAUUACCGGUGAGAAUAUUACAUAUAUUGGAGAUUUUACAAUGGUUUUGAAGAUCGGUGAUAUUGGUGUCAUUGUCUUAGAUUUUACUAAUAAUGGUGGUGGAUACAUAGAACUUUCACAAUACUUAAAUAACCUCUUCUUCUCACAAAAGAAAGCUUCAUUUCCACGUGAUAUUAAGAUUAAUAAUAUUACGACAUUCCUUAUUAAACAAGCUGAUGAAUUAAACUUUCAACUAGCUGAUUUUGCUCCUAAAUCAACAUUAUCGUAUACUACUUAUGAACUAUUUAAUAAUUCUGAUGAAUAUAUUGGCAACAAUCAAUAUACAAGAGUUGGAAGUUUCCAUGGUGCUUGUAGUUCUGCAUGUGCUCAAACAACUCAAUAUUUAGCCGAACAAGCUAAUUUUACUACUAUUUCAGUUUGUGGUUUCUAUAAUUCCAGUAUGUCAUAUAGUUCAUACCCUGGUGGAAGUGUUGUAGAU